AUGUACGGAAAAAAUAAAGGUGUUAAUGCUCCAUCUGAUAUGCAUGCGAAAGAAAAAUUGAAUUUAUACGUUUAUGAAUAUUUGUACCAUAUUGGUGCAGCAAAAGCGGCUCAGGGAUUUUGUGCGGACAUGAAAUGGGAACCGAAUAAAAUGUCACUUGGUGAAGCUCCAGGAUUUUUAUUUAGCUGGUGGUGUGUCUUUUGGGAUUUAUACAGUGCAGCGCCAGAACGUCGAGAUCAACAUCCUCAUUCAGAAGAAGCAAAAGCAUUUCAUGAUUAUGGUUUUAUUAAUUCCAAUUAUGCUCCAAAUGGUAUUCCUCCUCAACCAAAUACAAAUCCCAAUGCUCCACCACCGAUGCCAAUGAAUGUCGGUGAAGGAAUGCAUAAUCCAAAUGUACCAUUUUUUGCCCCACCGGGACAACAAAUGAUGAGUCAAUAUCCACGUUAUCCAAAUGCACCUCCACGUUCACUUGUUCGUAUGCCAUCUCAACCAGAUUAUUCAGGUGGACCAAACGGUGGAGCUUUAAUGCCACCACAAAUGGAUGCUGGUCGAAAUGGUUUACGUAUGACAUCACCAGGUACUCGAUUACCGCCAAAUCCAAUGGGUCAUACAGGUCCAGGUGGACCACCACCUCCAAAUGCAUAUCGACCUCAAGGUAUGCCACCAGCAAUGUCACCAUCAAUGAGUCAAACUGGACCACGAAUGUUUAUGACAAAUUCACCAGGAGUUGGAGGUUAUUCUUCAUCAUCACCCGUUCCUUAUGGGACUCCAUGCCCAACGGGACAUGCACCAAACACACCAAUGAUGCCAAGUCCUCAAGAUUCAAAUGGUGGAGAAAUGCCACCUUAUGCUAUGAGAAAUAUGUCUAGUGGAAUGCCUCCAGGACCCAAUCCAAUGUAUCACGAUCCACAUCUGACCCAUAUGUCAUCAAUGCCACCUGAUAUGUCUCAUCAUGGCUCAAUAAAUGGUAUUUAUUUGAAAAAUGAUUUCUGA